AUGAAUAAUACAUUUUAUAAUGUAAAGGAUUAUCUUAAAUUUCAAAAAUCAUAUGACAAUUCUGUUUUUGAAAAUUUAUCAAAUGAACUAAUGAAAUCAAUUAAAAUUUUUUGUAUUAUUUUAACAACACCAAAAAAUAAAAAUUCAAAAUGUCUUCAUCAAAAAAAUACAUGGUUAAAAAAAUGUAAUAAUUAUAUUUUUGCUUCUUCUAUAGAAGAUAAAACAUUACCAUCUAUAAAAUCAUAUCCAAAAGAUGAAUAUAAAUAUUCAUAUGGAAAAAUAAAAAAUACAUUAAAAUGGGUGUGGACAAAUUAUAAAGAUGAGUAUGAUUAUAUUUUAAAAGCAGAUGAUGAUACAUAUUUUGUAAUGGAAAAUUUAAGAGCAUAUCUUAUAAAUCAAAAUUCAAGUGAAGAUGCAUAUUUUGGUUUUAGAAUAUAUAAUCCACCAGGAGAUAUAAAAAAAGCAUAUAUACAAGGAGGAAGUGGAUAUAUAUUUAGUAAAAAAACGUUUAAUAUAUUAGUUGAAAAUGGUUUAGAUAAUAAAAAAUAUUGUUGUCAAAGAGAUGAUAUGUAUGACGACAUGGAAAUUGGAAGAUGUUUAUUUAGAAUGGGUAUUAAUUCUACUUUUUUAGUUGAUAAUAAAAAUAAAGUUUUAUUUAAUCCACGUGAAACAGUAUCUACUGUUAGUGAACGUCAAAAUAUUGAAAAUGAAUUUCAAAGAUUUUCUUUAAUUCAUCUUAGACAAGGUCUUAAUACAAUUGGAGAUUUUCCAAUAUCAUUUCAUCGUGUCUCUGGAGAUUUUAUGUACUUAUUUGAAUAUUUAUUUUACCAUGCUGAAAUUAUUGGAAUGAAAUCUCGUCUUUUUAGAAUGGAAGAUAAUGACAAUCAUAAUAAUAAAAUUAAAGUACGUGAAAGAAUAAGAUUAAUUAAAGCAUUUUCAAAUUACAAUUAUAAGAAAUUAUGA